GAACUCUUGGUCAGCUAGAACAAUGGGAUGUUCACAACCCAACAACAUUCCAACACCCAAUGGUGCCUUAUGAUGUCCUAGUUCACCCACUGAGUCUCCCUUCUCAUCCCUUGCUGGUAGAGCGAGAAUUCACUCAUGACAUCAUACACCAGGAUUCCGUCAGAGAUGACAAGGAUCAGAAUAUACCCAGUGUUUCACCACAAGUGGACUUGACAGCCAAACCAGCCAGCAUUACCGAUGAUGACACGAUUAAAGCCAUGCUUCGAGAAAGAUCAUUUGGCAGUGCCACUGGAAAGAG